AUGUCGUUCUACAUUGAUGUUGCUUUGCUCAGUGGAGCCCGGGUACGCGUGGAAGCGACCGCGAGCACCCGCCUCGACGAAAUCCGCGAUCGCGCACAAGGAAUGCUAUGUUCCGGGCUCAGGGGCCGUUUGCUGAGCCCUUUGGGAACCCCAAUGGAGGGUAGUUUGACCGUCGGCGAACUUGGGCUGAAGUCCGGUGAAGAGCUCACCUUUCUGGUGAGCCUACCCAAGCUUGCCGCUCAUGACGGCGCGUGUCUAUGCAUCCUCGGAGAUGGAUCCCUGGUGGUUUGGGGGGACCAGUCCUUUGCCGCUGUUAGCGUGAUGGUGCAGGAUCAACUGCAGAAUGUGCAGCAGAUUCAGGUGAACGGAACUGCGGCAAUUGCUGCCGCUGCCCUUCUGGCUGAUGGAUCUGUGGUGAGCUGGGGCAAUGAAGAUUACGGUGGCGAUAGCAGUGCCGUUCAGGAGCAACUGGCCAAGGUGAAACAUAUUCAAGCCACUAUAGGAGCGUUCGCAGCUAUCCGGUCUGAUGGAUCGGUGGUCACGUGGGGCAGUGAAGGCUACGGAGGCGACAGCAGUGGUGUUCAAAAGCAGCUGAAGCAGGUGCAGCAUGUUCAAGCGACUGGAGGUGCAUUUGCUGCUGUCCUUGCUGAUGGGUCUGUGGUGACAUGGGGCAACAGAAGCUAUGGCGGUGACAACAGCGCCGUGAAGCAGCAGCUGCAAAAUGUGAAGCACAUUCAAGCCACGGAACGAGCCUUUGCUGCAAUUCUGGAUGAUGGAUCCGUGGUGACUUGGGGCAGUGCAAAUGACGGAGGUGACAGCAGCGCCGUUCAGCAACAGUUGAUCAAUGUGCAGCACAUUCAGGCUACUGGACUCAUACCUGCAUCUCACUGUUACGCGUAUGCAGCAUUUACUUGUGGGGCGUUUGCUGCCAUCCGAGCCGAUGGAUCCGUAGUGACAUGGGGCAGCACAAAGGACGGCGGUGACAGCAGCACCGUUCAGAAGGAGCUGACCAACGUGGAGCGUGUGCAGGCGACAAUAGGUGCGUUUGCUGCCAUCCUCGCUGAUGGGUCCGUCGUUACAUGGGGCAGCGCAAGCUACGGUGGCGACAGCACCUUUGUUCAGCAGCAGCUGAAGAACGUGCAAGACAUUCAAGCCACUUUAGGGGCAUUCGCUGCAAUCCGAGUUGAUGGGUCUGUUGUGACGUGGGGCAACGAGGAUUACUACGGUGGUGAUAGCAGCGCCGUGCAGAAGCAACUGGCCAACGUGCAGCACGUUCAAGCCUCUGGAGGGGCAUUCGCGGCUAUCCGGCGUGAUGGCUCCGUGGUUACAUGGGGCAAUGCCGAUUACGGCGGCGACAGCAGCUCCGUUCAGCAGCAGCUGAAGCAGGUGCAGCAUGUUCAAGCGACUGGAGGGGCUUUUGCUGCCGUCUUGGCUGAUGGAUCUGUGGUGACAUGGGGAAAUAGAGAGUAUGGCGGUAACAGCAAGGAUGUCCAGCAACAGCUUUCGACUUUCAUAUCUUUGAGCCAAUGA